UUCCUGACAGCUACCCAACAUCAACAAGAGCAGUGGAGGCAGAGAACCACCUGUUCUCCCGAGUUUUCCUCCCUCCGUGGACUUUUAUCUCGCUUUCUGUCUCCGCGUGUCACUCUGUCUGUCUCCGGGUGUCUCUCUGUGUCCCUCUGUCUGUCUCCGCGUGUCCCUCUGUCUGUCUCCGGGUGUCCGUCCCGGUGUCUCCAUGCGCGGUCCCGUGUGUUUGGUGUUAAUUUGGCUGCUGACCGAUGCGGCGGCUCGUCAGUUCAGUGAGGAGGAGAUGGCUGGAGUCAGGCAGCGCAUCAAAUCCAUGUUCUACCACGCCUACAACAGUUACCUUGACAACGCCUUCCCCUAUGACGAGCUCCGCCCUCUCACCUGUGACGGACAGGACACCUGGGGCAGUUUCUCUCUGACUCUGAUCGAUGCCCUCGACACUCUGCUGGUUCUGGGAAACAGGACGGAGUUUCAACGAGUGGCGUCGCUCCUCCAGGACACGAUCGACUUCGACAUCGAUGUCAACGCCUCCGUGUUUGAAACCAACAUCAGAGUGGUGGGGGGUUUGCUGUCGGCCCACCUGUUGGCAGGGAGGGGGGGUCUGGAGCUGGAGCCCGGCUGGCCGUGUUCAGGACCCCUGCUGAGGAUGGCCGAGGACGCCGCCAGGAAGCUGCUGCCAGCGUUUGACACUCCCACCGGGAUGCCGUACGGGACGGUGAACCUGCUGCACGGCGUCAGCCCCACGGAGACCCCUGUCACUUGCACCGCCGGCGUGGGAACCUUCAUCCUGGAGUUUGCGACUCUGAGUCGACUCACCGGAGACCCGACUUUUGAGAACGCCGCCCGGGAAGCUCUGAGGGCCCUGUGGAAGACCAGAUCCGACAUCGGACUGGUGGGAAACCACAUCGACAUCGUGUCUAAGAAGUGGGUGGCUCAGGACGCCGGGAUCGGAGCGGGAGUCGACUCGUACUUUGAGUAUUUGGUGAAAGGAGCCAUCCUGCUGCAGGACGAGGAGCUGCUCCACAUGUUCCACGCGUACGACCGAUCCAUCCAGAACUACACCCGCUUUGAUGACUGGUACCUGUGGGUGCAGAUGCACAAGGGGACCGUGUCCAUGCCGGUCUUCCAGAGUCUGGAGGCCUUCUGGCCCGGCCUGCAGUCUCUGCUGGGCGACCUGGACAGCGCAGUGAGGACUUUCCAGAACUAUUACUCAGUGUGGAGACAGUUCGGAGGUCUGCCCGAGUUCUACAGCAUCCCGCAGGGCUACACGGUGGAUAAGAGAGAGGGCUACCCCCUGAGACCAGAGUUAAUAGAAAGCGCCAUGUACCUGUUCAGGGCCACGGGAGACCACACCUACCUGCAGCUGGGCCUGGACGCUCUGGAGUCCAUCGAGAAGAUCGCCAGGACGCCGUGUGGAUACGCCAGCGUCAAAGACCUGCGAGAUCAUCAGCUGGACAACCGCAUGGAGUCCUUCUUCCUGGCCGAGACCAUCAAGUACCUCUACCUGCUGUUUGACCCCGCCCACUUCCUGCACGGGGGCGGGGCGGAGGGGGACGGGGUCUGGGAGGAGGGGGGUGAGGGCGGGCAGUGCGUGCUGGGGGCGGGGGGGUUCAUCUUCAACACCGAGGCUCAUCCUCUGGACCCGGCCGCUCUCUACUGCUGCAGCCGCCACCGCCAGGACCGCCAGGAGCUCCGGGACGUCCUGCUGGGACUGACGCGGGAGAAGACGCGGCGGGGGGCGGCUCACAAACGAGACGACGCCCCCCCCCACCGCCACGGCCAAUCAGAGAGCAUCGCUCUGAAGCCAGGGGAGAAGAGUAAGACGCCGCCCCCGCUCUCCUGCCCCGUCCAGCCCUUCAGCUCCAGACUCUCCAUCCUGGGACAAGUCUUCACCGACACCUGAGAGACGCCUUCGUCCACCUGUAGGGGACACGGAGCUCUGAGGACUCUGCUGGAACUAUAUUUAUAUUUAUUGAUGAACUCAUGUUUGACUGGAUCCAAACUUUCAUUCACAUUAAAAUCUUCCUGGAGCAUUUUUAAAAGUUUCCAUUUGAACAGUUCGUGUGAAACAGCAGCUCUAGUUGUUGCUGGAUGAAGGGGUGGAGGUGGUAACCACGGUAACCGUUACUAAACCACCAUCAGGGUGAGGGACAGAAACAUGGAGACGAGGAGACACCUUUAUCGUCUCCUAAGACUCUAGACGAGGAGGAGGAGGAGGAGGAGUUGGUGCUACUUCGUGUUGUUGUUGCUUUUACAUUUGCUUCUUCUUCAUCCUUUUAUUUCUUGUCUUUUUUCCUCUUACUCCUCUUUCAUCUUUAUUUCUUCUUCUCCUCUUUUUUAUUCUGCAUCUUCUCCUUUCAUCUUCUCAUGCUACAUAGCAAUGCUAAGCUAACAGUCACCAAGGCUACAUGCUACAUAUCAAUGCUAAAUAGAAGGCUGUAUUGCAGGGCUAUUCAACUAAAAAUUCAGUUGGGCCGCAUUUUAAAACCUCAAAGUUCAGCUGGGCCGAACUUUUUCAGUGGCUCAUAAGUAGCAGUUAAUUUUAAACCAACACAAAUGAAUGUAAUAAAGCAAAAAAAGACUUUUGUAUUUAUUGUUCCCUUUUAAUGUUGUCACAUCUGACACAAGCAUCAAAAAGUACAAAAACAAGAGAUUUUUGAAAAAAACAAAACAAACCAAAAGACAAAAACUAUUUGGUCAUGUCUGACCCAUCUCAAAGCGCAUAUAAAAACUCCAACAAAAAAACAGCUAUUAUUGCACAGACCUAUUAUAGUAGUAUAAUAUAUAUAUUAUAUUAUAUAUUAUGAUAUAUGGAAUAGGCCUGCUGUAUAUUUAUUUAUCUGUAGUGCCACCAUCAGACCACUGGAGGGAGACAAAGGACCAUGUUUUAAAUUGAGGUCCAGUCACGUGGUUCAGAGUUGAUGUAGAAUCAUGUGAAUAGAAUCUAAAGGAGACAAAGAGGAGCUGCUCUAGUUUCAGAUGACACCCAGCAUGAGUUUCAAAAUAUUCAAAUCACUAACAAAGAAGCACUUUUUGAGGGGAACAUUCACAUCGUUGUCGUUGUUUUAAACUCUGAUCUGUUAGAGACUCUGUUGUUUUAAUCACUGGAAACUUUCAGACGUGUUAUUCCUGGACCAACUUAAUGCAAUUUUAAAAUUAGGUCCAGAAAUGAAUGGCGUAUUGACCGAGCUGCUCUAUUCUUAGAUAAGAAAUGUGGUUUUCAAGUUUCAAGCAAACACAACAACAAUAAAGAUUUUAUUUUAUUUUUUUUUAUUUUUUUAUUUUUUUCUGGGCUUGAGAUCUGUUGGAUCGUAAUAAAAAAAAGCAAAAGUAGAAAAGAUGAGCAGAAAAGUGUGGGGAGAUAAAAGAGGAAGAAGAGUUUGGAAUGAAAAGAAGAAGGUAAAGCAUGAGGAAGGAAACAGUUGUGAA